AUGCAAAAGUGGGUUCCUGGCGCUGUGGUGGAAGAGGCGCUGCCUGCAAUACUGCUGGUCUCGUCAUCGCGGCGGGAUCGGCUCUCCCAGAACAUCACCACGCCGCCCUCAACCGCUUCCCGCAAGCGAAAGGCAGACGAUAUAGCAGACCACCUCGCGCCUUCCACUGCUCCCCCGAGCAAGAAGCAGACACCAGACACCGCAGUCGACCUGCCCGCCACACCGGUCACGACGACAGCCUCACCCGCCAUGGAGUCCGACGAUGACUUCAACAGCUCGCAGGCGAGCGGUGACGAUUUUUUGGACGACCAGGACAGCGAUCUGGGUCUUGAGGAUGAUUCCGACUUCGACAUGGACCAGGAUGAUGUGGGCUUCGAGUCGCAAGAUAAGGACAUGGGUCCCCGAAAGCAGGCGUACGAGGUGGAUUUCAAGGUCUACGACCCUCAGCAAAUACAAGCCUCGCAGGACAAACAGAUCGACGAGGUGUCGAGCAUCCUUGGCCAGCCGCCCGAAGCAACCGCAAUCCUACUGCGCCACCUGCGGUGGAACAAAGAGCGCUUGAUCGACCGAUAUAUGGACAACCCAGAGCAGGUUCUUGAGAACGCUGGCCUAGGGGAGACUGCGGCGACGAACCCGCCCAAGAUCAGCAAGGUCGCGGGCUUCGUUUGCGACAUUUGCUGCGAGGAUGAUGCAAACCUGGAGACAUUUGCGAUGAAGUGCGGUCACCGUUUCUGCGUGGACUGCUACAGACAAUACUUGUACACUAAGAUCAAAGAGGAGGGAGAAGCAGCCCGCAUUAGGUGCCCCGGAGAUGGGUGCAACCGGAUAGUAGACUCCAAGUCACUGGACCUACUCGUAGCGGACGAACUCAGGAGUCGGUAUCACGAAUUGCUCACCCGAACAUACGUGGACGACAAAGACAAUCUGCGAUGGUGCCCCGCGCCGAAUUGUGUAUAUGCUGUCGAGUGCGGUGUUAAGAACAAGGACUUGAUGCAGAUCGUACCUACCGUCCACUGCGAGUGCUCUCACGACUUUUGCUUCGGUUGCUCGCUCAACGACCACCAGCCCGCGCCCUGUGCUUUGGUCAAGAUGUGGCUAAAGAAAUGUGAGGACGACUCCGAGACUGCCAACUGGAUCUCAGCAAACACAAAAGAAUGCCCUAAAUGCAACUCGACCAUAGAAAAGAAUGGUGGCUGCAACCACAUGACGUGCCGAAAAUGUCGUCAUGAAUUCUGCUGGAUGUGCAUGGGUGUGUGGUCUGAGCACGGAACCAGCUGGUACAACUGCAAUCGGUUCGAGGAGAAGAGCGGCUCAGAAGCGCGAGAUGCACAAGCCAAGAGCCGGCUGUCGCUCGAGCGGUACCUGCAUUACUACAACCGAUACGCCAACCACGAACAGUCAGCGAAGCUGGACAAGGAUAUCUACCUCAAGACGGAGAAGAAGAUGCAGCAGUUGCAGAACACGACAGGCAUGUCGUGGAUCGAGGUUCAGUAUUUGGAUACGGCGUCACAAGCGCUGCAACAGUGCCGACAGACCCUCAAGUGGACCUAUGCUUUUGCAUACUACCUAGCUCGCAACAACCUUACCGAAAUCUUCGAAGAUAACCAGAAGGAUCUAGAAAUGGCGGUCGAGAACCUAAGCGAGAUGUUUGAGAAGCCUAUCGACCAGCUCCAGGGGCUGAAGGUCGAUAUGAUGGACAAGACUUCGUACUGCACUAAGCGGCGAGUCAUUCUCUUGAACGACACAGCAGAGAACCUCAAGCAAGGUGAGUCAAGAUCCGAUGUGAAGGCUUGA